AUGCGGCCACAAACGCCGCCAAAGCCGACUGCUCCCAUGUCCGUACCCAAGUCUUCACUGCGACAAAACCCUUCGCCCCCCGCUCAGCAGACAAUACGCGCCCGAGCAAGCCAAAGAUUCCGGCCCACAUCUAUGCGCUCCACUGUAUUAUACAACGAGUUUGGUGACUGGGAGCCACCGCCGCUCUUCCAGGCUUUUCCCCAGUCUAUCAAGCAUGCUACCGUACAAGCCUGUGUCUUUGCUCCAGAGGUCUUGAUGCGGACACAGAGCCAAAGACGGCAAGCAGAGUCUCUACUCGAGAGAAUCGACCAUGAGCGCGAACUAUCCACCAUUAUUGAAAACAGCACAGAGGCCAAGAAGUUGGAGAAGAGCCACAAACGCCUCAUAUCCCACUCAGUACUUCACCCAUCUACACCAGAGCUUGUCAACAAAAUUUACGUCCUGGUCACUAGCGGGUACAUCCUGCAAUAUGCCGGUGACGGUCCCUUUGACAGGGUACCGGAAAAGGUACUCAAACUCGGCAAGGAGUCUGCGGCUUUUGCCUGUGAUCUCAUACCCGGCAAACACUGGGUGCUUCAGAUAUCCAGCCAUGCUAGCGGUGAUGGCGCACUCGAAGUUGGCCCAAAGAGCUCGAUCCUUGCACGUCUGCGCACACAACAUCUUAACACACGCAGAUCUGUAACGAGCUUCCUCUUAGUUCUUGAGAGCGCCGAAGAGAUGGAUGAGUGGAUGACGAGUGUGCGAAGGGAGAUUGACAACCUUGGUGGUACAAGAACAAGGGAUGACUCUGCCCGAGCUUCUUGCUCUACCGAUGGUGGCUCGGUAAGCAAAGAGUCUGCUGAAAUUGCGAACCAUCGGUUCAGGGUCAGUCGAGACGCGUACAACAUGAGCAAGGUUGUACCAAUCGAACCACGCCUUUCAGCGUCGCCAAAAAUCAUCGCCUCAGACUGGGAAACGAAUCCUGAACAGACCAAACGUAGCAUCGACUCAUCUAGCGGACAAUCUCAUCGACAAAGCAGCCGUCUCUCCGUCGAGACGUCAUCAGCCACCUCCACACCAGUAUCUCAGCACCAGAUGCAACUCGAACAGUUGCGCGGCCGCUCACGGUACUCCUUCAUGUCAUCAUCGACAUCUUUUUCUGGCGCCGGGACCCAGAACACAUCGCGCGAAUCAUCACCCGCGCCACAAUCACCUCUGAUGGAAGAGUGUGGUGCGACUGGCGACAACGAGCCCCUCCGAAGUGCCAUGUCCCUGCGAUCCUUCCAAAUGAAUCCAAACAAUUCAAUGUCAUCCCGACGUAGAUCCAUGCAGCCACUGCCGACAACUGACGAGAAUCUUCUGCAAUCAGCUGAGACUUUGUCUAAAAACAUACGUCAUUCUCUCUACAGUCCUGCAUCACCCACGUUUCCCGGGCUUGAAAACCCUUUGGCCGCAGGCCCAAUUGCAUUAGUUAACCAAGCACCAAGUCUGGAUCAACCUCAAGAAACUGAAAUCGGUUUGGCAUACUCAUCGCCCCCGGAGCUCAAGAACGAUAUCCCAGACCAGUCCGAGGAAGACGACAGCCCUCCCACUCGUGAGGAUAGCCCAGUGAGGUUCAACGCGCAUGUCUACAGCUCGCCACCUAGGAGGGACGUCAUCUCACCUCCUCCUAAAGAGCCUGCACCGCUUCCCCCACAACCUGCUCGACGCCAGUCCAUCAUGGGUAAUACGACAACAACAGGCAUGUCAAACCCAGCGCCCUACCUUGCUUCUACCAGCAAAGUCAGCGGGACAAGGCGUCGAACUUCGGGAUCACCAAAGCCUUUUCUGCGACCUAUUCCGGUCCGCCCUCAAGCCCAACAUAUUGAUUCUGCAAGACGUCGAGCUAGCCAGACACCCUCACCUACGCCUUCCAUUUCUCCCUUGAUCACAAAUCGAUCCGUGACUGCACCAAUACGGCCAGCUUCAGCAGCAUCCAACAGGACAACAUCCCCUAGCCUUCAUGGUCUUAAUCCAGCACAGUCUAACCCAUUGCGUCGGCCGGCCUCAGUCCAGAUCCGUUCUGAUCGAGCACCUUUCUUAUCAUCUCGCCCACUGCGCCUCAUCUCCUCUACACCGUCUUUCGUUCCCGGCCAAAGAAUGUCAAUCCAAGCAGCCCCUACAACGACCAACGUUCAAGCAUUCCCUAAUAUAGAGGCGCUGAGGCAACGAACGCUAGCCCAGCAAACCAGCCAAAAGACGAUUGUACCAAAGUGUAGUUUAAGUUCAAUUGGUCUGCCUCCACCCGCGCCCCCACCAAACAUGCCCCUUCCUCCACCUCCUCGCAAUAUCACAUCGCCUACUCCGCCGCCCAGCAUACCACUUCCUCCGCCACCACCAACCGCAGAUCUUCCAGUCACGCCACUCAGCAUUCCACUUUCUCCGCUCAUGGGCCUCCCAGCACCACCACCCACUGCGCCACUACCCCCUACACCGCCCGAGGUUGCACUUAGGGCCUCUGUCGUCUGA